GUUGACAACACUUUGCUUUCAAUUGUUUUGACAUUCAUUUGAUUCAAUCGUUUUUGAGAUAUAUUUCACUAAUUAUUGAUCCAUUGAUUCAUUAAAUAUUCAUUUGCUUUGAGUUUAAUUUAAAUGAGAUUCAAUUAUACCAUUAAAAGGCAUGUCUUUGUUAUCAGUGAUCAGUGAAGGCGAGAGAAGGUAUAUCUGCGGCGGUAUUGAUGUCGGGAUGCGAUCUGACGGUCGUUCUUGUGAUGACUAUCAGAUGAUAUCCAUCGAGAGGGACGUCACCCACAACUGUGACGGAUCCGCACAUAUCAGGUGCGGACACAACGAUGUGUUGGUUGGCAUCAAACUGGAGAUCGAAUCUGUGGUACAAUUGGAAGACUGGAACCAAUGUGGAAGAAUCGACUUCUCCGCCGACAUCACUGCCAACGCGUCGCCAAUGUUUGAGGGAAGACAUGGAGAAGACAUCACUAAUGUUUUGGUCACUCUUUUCUCGGAAUCCAUUCCUCAAUGUCUUGAUUUGCAAUCACUAGUAGUGGUUCCCAACAAGUAUUUUUGGGUCAUUCACAUCGAUAUCGUGGUUCUUGAGUGCGGAUCACUUCCCUCUUUGAUUGAUUCCGCGGCCAUUGCCGUCAAAUCAGCUCUUUUUGACACAAAAAUCCCUUCAGUGAGUGCAGUUGCGGGCGAUUCUGAAGACUUUGUGGUGUCGGACGACAUGUUUGAGUCAACCCGACUGGAUGUGAGUCGAGUGCCACUCUUCGUCACUCUGACGCGAAUCAGCACCAGAUAUGUGGUGGACGUCACUCCCGAGGAAGACGAGGCCAGUAUUGCCAGCAUUUCAUUCGCCAUCAACUCGAGUGAAGGCAUUGUUUAUAUGAAGAAAAUAAAGUCCGGAAGUUUACACCCGGAGCCCAUCCAACACACUCAUGAGAAAGUGCAAAAAGUGGGCCAAACUCUCAAUGAAGUCCUUAUGAUGAAGUUGUCGUCCGAUUCGCAAAACAAAGGAAAAAUUAGUUUCUCUUUAAAUUAACGCAAAAUAAAAUUCAUUUAAAUAAAAUGAAAAUAAAAUUCAAAUGAAUUACAAAAC